GCGACGCCCCCGUGAACGCGCGUUCAUCUCAAGCGCCGCUGUGCAGCCGCGCGCAGGCUCUGAUGACGAGCACAAGUCAACAGUGCAGCGGCGAAGAUGGGAUGCAGAGAUCGUGGACUUUGCGUGGGCCAUGUUGUGAUGGUCUGAAGGUAAAACAAAGCUUAGGCUGGGCUAAAAUAUGAUCAGUAAUCUUCUGGCAUUGAGCUCUCUCCACUGAGGCAAUGAGGCAAGCGGUAACCGCCACUCUGUCAGUGUGGGGCGAGAGGCGUUUCGGCUACUCCACCCUCAAGGACUCCAGCGAAUCUCUGCUGGACGAGCGCAAGCUGAGGCCUGGCCUGAAAGAAGACUCUGUUAUUGAAGAGAAGGAGAGAGCAGAGAAUGAGCAGGAGCAGCUGGAGGCCGUGCUGGGACCUCCAUCGUCCCCUGUGGAGGACACCCACCAAUCAGGCACCACAGAGCCCUCAGAUGCCAUGCUGGAGUCAUGCCAGGACCAGAAGACGAGUGAUGGGAUGGAGGCGUCUCUAGUGUCUGGCCCCAAGAACAUUGAUUCUGGGAGGAAGGGGUCUCUUGGUGCUUUGCCAGUGCAGCGCUGCAGUUCCCUGGGCACUACGGCCCCUCAAUGGGUCCCUGAUUCCCAGGCACCAGCAUGCAUGAAAUGUGGAUCCAAAUUCUCCUUCACUAAAAGACGUCAUCACUGCAGAGCAUGUGGGAAGGUUUUUUGUGUGGUGUGCUGUGAUCUGAGAUACAAACUCACUCAUCUGGGUGGGAAAGAGGGUCGCGUUUGUGUCACCUGUCAUUCAACUUUGAUUAAUCGCACACUUCGAAAGGACCAAAAGAAGGUUUGGUUUGCAGAUAAUGUCCUUCCUCAAUCUGAAAGUAGAAGUGCCAACAGUUCACCUAUACACAGGAGUGUGUCCCACACACAGAGCGCUGGACUCGCUCAGGCGGAUGUGUCUGACCUUAGAGCAGCAGAUGAAGUCAGUGGUCUUAGUAGCAACACGAAGCCCACUCCACCAAAGGACCUUCCACCUAUUCUGACAUCAACAGGGGUCAAAGGAGAUUAUACUCUGGAGGAGAAGAGAACAGAGUCGUCACUCUUAGAGGAGUUGGAGAGAGGUCUUGCAGAGCCUUUAGUGUUUGUGCUUAAUGCAAACCUUCUGGCUGUGGUGAAGAUCGUCAGCUAUGUGAACCGACGGUGCUGGUGUGUAAUGUCGAAGGGCAUGCAUGCUGUUGGACAGCCUGAGGUGGUCAUUCUACUGCAGUGUUUGCCGGAGGAGAAGAGAUUCCCGACGGAUAUUUUCAAUCAUUUCAUUCAGAUCUACUGGGACGCCCAAACAGCAGGGAAGCUUCUGAAUCACCUCAGUCACUCUUUGGUGUCCCGAGGCUUUCUGGGUAAUAAUGAGCAUGCUGGAUUUGUUUACGUGCGCCCGACAUUCCAGUCUCUGGAGGGCUUGCCAUUACCUGCACCACCAUUCCUGUUCGGGCUGCUCAUGCUCCGUGCAGAGGUUCCAUGGGCCAAAGCCUUUCCCCUGAGACUCAUGCUGCGUCUAGGAGCUGAGUAUAGAUUCUACCCCUGUCCCCUGUUCAGUGUGCGCUUCAGAGAACCUCUAUUUGGACCUGUUAACAACAGUAUAAUGAGACUCUUAGUGGAUUUCCGUUUUUACCGUUACACAUUGCCGACAGUUCCUGGGCUUGUGGUUGAUUUAGAGGCAAGAAGUACCUGUAUAAGAAUACCUAAAACACAUCAUCCAGAGCUGCUGAAGGCUCUGAAUAAGUCUAAUGAGAGAGUGCUGGCUCUGGGCGCCUGCUUUAAUGAGCAGGCCGACUCUCAUCUCAUUUGCGUGCAGACGGCAGAUGGACAGUACCAGACCCAGGCCAUCAGCAUUCACAGCCAGCCACGUAGAGUCACCGGCUCAUGUUUUUUCGUGUUCAGUGGAGCACUCAAACCUUCUUCAGGGUACUUGGCCAAGUCCAGCAUUGUGGAAGAUGGUUUGAUGGUGCAGAUCACCAUGGAGACCAUGGCUGAGUUACGUCGAUGCCUGCGGGACAUGAAAGACUUCACAGUGACCUGUGGAAAACUCCACCCAGCCGAGAGACAGGAAUAUGUGCACAUUCAGUGGCAGGAUGAAGAGCCGCGCUUUAAUAAAGGCAUCGUCAGCCCCAUUGAUGGCAAGUCUAUGGAGUCUCUCACCAACAUCAAGACCCAUCAGCGCUUAGAAUUCAGAGCCAAUGGGAAGCUCAUACGCUGGACAGAGGUGUACUACUUGCUGAAAGACCAGCAUCCAAAUGGUCUGAAUAAUCACACCAGCCAUAACCGUCUAACAGAACGUCUUGCCCGGGCAUUCUGCCUGGCACUGUGCCAGUCUCUCUGUUUGCUGAAGGAGGACGGCAUGACCAAACUGGCACUGAGAGUUAUCCUGGAUGGACAGAAGAUGGAGUUUUUGGCAGGCAGUAACGGCCAGCGCCUUCCAGCCCCGUACCAGGACUGUCUGAACCAAUCGUUAAUGUCUGUGGUGCAGAGUAACUCUCAGUACCAGGGUCUCGCCGCCUGCCAGCUGGAGCUCAUCUUCUAUAUUCUGGAGGACACGUCAUAGAGACGGACGGACGGACCACCCACUGUCACAUGUGCCAAUACUUGCAGAAACCUCAUGAGCAUAACCUCGGAGUUCAGUAUCAUUUGAGAGUGGAAUGUGGCAGAUCUUCCCAUGGGGCAGCUUAUUUUUAGUAGUUUAGUCAAUACCCUACUGCUCACUGUGAAUCAGUCUGGGGUUAGAACAUCGAAAGGCUUUAAGAUCUACUAACAGUCAUAACUAGAGGUCGACCAGUCAGUUGUUUUUGCUGAUUGAUAAACAUCUCAUUGAACUAUCAUUUAAAGCUGUGUUUCUCAACCAUGUUCCUGGAGGACCACCAACACUGCAUGUUUGGGUAGUCUCAUUUAUCUGUCACAUCCAUUACAGGUCUUUUAGUCUUUGCUAAUGAGCUGAUGAUGUGAAUCAGGGGUGUUUGGUUAAGGAGACAUGGAAAAUGUGCAGAGCCGGUGGUCCUCCAGGAACAUGGUUGAGAAACACUGAUUUAAACACUCCACUUUUUGUAAACAGGCUAACUUUACAACUCCACAAGAAAUAAACUGUGAAGUGUUACCAUUUUUUAAUCAAUUCAACCAAUCUCUGGGUCUGGCAGGAGCACUUUUAGCUUAGCUUAGCUUAGCAUAGAUCAUUGAAUCGGAUUACAUAAUUAGAUCAAAUAGUUUGAGAAGGGUCUGGAUGCAGACCUGGUGCAGUGCAAUCUGAGCUGCAUUCAAUGCUUUUUAAUGCGCUCGCCUAACCUCACCCCCUACCCUAUUCGUCACAGUGACGUCCCUCACUCCAUUGGGUGCAUUGUGUCUGACAUUGCAUCGCUGAGUAAUGGAAUCUCAGCUUGCAUCAUAAAGGCUGCAUCUAGAUACUAUUGAAUAGUUUUGAUAAUUUUCCUGUUUAAAGCUUGACUUUUCUGUAGAACAUUGUGUACUAAGACUGACGGAAAAUGAAAAGUUGAUAUUUUGUAAGCUGGUAUGGCUAUGAACAAUAGCAGGGAUCACCAAACUUGUUCCUGGAGGUCCGGUGUCC